AUGGCAGGCAGUGACCCAACCUCGGUGAAACCGAACCAAUUCGUAGAACUCCACGGCCACGCGAGAGAAGUCGUCGAAAAGACGUUCAAAUUCUCCCCGAGAACGUUAGGGGUGAUCGGGAUUUUCGGCAUCGCGGUGCCGUAUUUGUUAUACCAAGGGUGCGUGAACGAGUUUCACGCCGCGGACGAUAAGUACAACAGGGAGAGGAAAAAGUUCAUGUGA